GUAUGCCCAUCGUCAGUCGGGGCAGCGUGAUCGGGGUGGUGCAGAUGGUGAACAAGAUCAGCGGCAGUGCCUUCUCGAAAACAGACGAGAACAACUUCAAGAUGUUCGCCGUCUUCUGUGCGCUAGCCUUACACUGUGCCAACAUGUACCACAGGAUCCGUCACUCAGAGUACAUUUACCGGGUGACCAUGGAGAAGCUGUCCUAUCACAGCGUGUGCACGGCGGAGGAGUGGGAGGGCCUCAUGCGCUUCAGCCUCCCGGCGCGGCUCUGCAAAGACAUCGAGCUAUUCCACUUUGACAUCGGUCCUUUUGAAAACAUGUGGCCCGGGAUUUUUGUCUAUAUGCUCCACCAGUCCUGUGGGACAUCCUGCUUUGACCUUGAGAAGUUGUGUCGCUUUAUUAUGUCUGUGAAGAAAAACUACAGGCGAGUUCCCUAUCACAACUGGAAGCACGCGGUCACCGUGGCACACUGCAUGUUCGCCAUUCUGCAGAACAACCGUGGGCUCUUCACUGACCUGGAGCGCAAAGGGCUGCUGAUCGCGUGUCUCUGUCAUGACCUGGACCACCGGGGCUUCAGUAACACCUACCUGCAGAAGUUCGAUCACCCCCUGGCUGCCCUCUACUCCACGUCCACUAUGGAGCAGCACCACUUCUCCCAGACUGUGUCCAUCCUGCAGCUGGAAGGGCACAACAUCUUCUCCACCCUGAGCUCCAGCGAGUACGAGCACGUGCUGGAGAUCAUCCGCAAAGCCAUCAUUGCCACUGACCUUGCUCUGUACUUCGGGAACAGGAAGCAGCUGGAGGAGAUGUACCAGACCGGCUCGCUAAACCUCAAUAAUCAGUCACAUAGGUUUGUGAAUACUCUUCGUUAGCUGGUUCCAUUCUCGUCUUGCUGAACUCGGUCUCUUUGUCCGGGUGCCCCCUCUGUGGUCCGUUAAGUACAAAUCGUAACAUUUCUUCUGGAAGAGUCUGUUUGCAGGUUCUCAGAAGCAGCUCACUCAGGUGCCCCCAAACAAAGCCCAGGUUUACAGGUGACUGCGGCCAUGCAAUAGACCUCACCUGCCCAAGAGGAACACCUGCGUGUGGUGUAAUGCUGUCUGUGCCCUCGCUUAAGCAGCAGCUGUCUGUAAUUCAGUCUGCUUUCCAGACGGCAGGUCCAGAUGGUGUGGAGCUUAAACUGACACAAUCAAGGGACCCUUCUUGGAGGGUAACAAUUCAAAGACAUCAUAUUUUCACUGAGGGCAGUCUGCGCAUACAGCCUGGCAGGGUCGGUGUCACAACGGGCCCUGACGGCCCUUCCCAGCAUGUCCUCCUCUGGCCAUUCCCAGGGACAGGUGUGCCCACAGCAAGCUGUGUGUAGUGACUCCAACCUGCACAGAGACGCGCGGUUCAUAGUCCUCUUCUUAUGGGAGUCAUUAGAGUGGGGGGCACAUCUGUGAUCAGGUGUCCUUUGCGUGUGAAACCCACGUGCACACGUUUAUUCUUAGAUUAUACGUAACACUCACGUAACUAG